GUGUGUGUGUGUGUCCAGGCGUUUGUGAAGUGCAGCCCCAAAAGCCAGGUUCACGUGGUUGGCAGUAGGGAGGGAGCCAUUGCAGGCUCUAUUCCUAAACAGGCAAGCAAGACGUGGGCCUGCAAAUGUAGGCACCUUCGGAAUAUGGGAAGAGUGUUUAAUUCAGGGCUUCGAACUGGUUCAGUCAUGGCCGACAAAGCAAAACCAGAACAGACCCGAAUUUUUACAAUUUGAGUGAUCUGAAAUGGGGAAAAUUACAGGUCAAAACCCUGGAAUGGGAGUCUCAGAAGAGGCAUAGUGAGGCCUUUCAGGAGCCUGGUACUUGAGACUGAACUAUUGGCAGGACUGUGGAAAGAGACACACUCUUUGAGCGGGGCACUGUUGUUAACCAGCUGUGCUCAAAAUCCCAAGGGCAGGAGAUUUGGUUGCUAUGCACUGUGUACGCUGGGCUUGUUUUCUAAGAGGGAGAUUAGGUUUGUAGCAGGGCUUUGACCUGUAAUUAUUCCCGUUCUGGUUAUUGUUCCAGUGCACCCAAAUUGGAAAUUCGAGUCUGUUCCUCUGCCAUGACUGAACUAGGAAGAACCAGUUGGAAGCCCUGGUUUAAUCGCUUUUACCUGGUGGGGCAAAUAAAAAGUUGGAAAGGACAUAGGAAGUGAAUGGAGAGUUGAUGAGGCAGAAGGCUUCCCCCUAUACCAUUUGUUCUCAUGCACACGUAGUUUUAACUGUGACGGAUAAAGUUUGGCAUUCAUCCUAGGUAGCAUCUGUGGCACUGGAUCCCAUGUUGCUUAGAGAUCUGCAAACAGCCCAUUGGAUACCAUCUUCAGUCACUGUAUUGCUGGUGGUACAUCCACAAUGAUACUGGUUGUUGCUAGUCUAAACAAUGCUGUGAUAAGCAUUUCUGUUCCCUAAAGUUCCUUCUGGAUUGUUUCCAUUGGACAGCUUUCCUGGAGGGGCAUUUCUGACUCUUAAGUGAACACAAGUCUUUAUGGCUUAAAAGUCUUAAAACCAACUCCAUUACAGUAGUUUUCUUUAAAAAUAUCAGUAGGUUAUACUGUAUAGAGUUUCAAAAAAAAAAAAAAAGAGCAAAUGUACAAAAGCAUAUACAAUAAAAAUCUAUCCUCCUAACCCAGUUUUCCCUUCCAGUUCUCCCCCGGGGUAACUGUUAACCAGUAUCCUGUGUACCCUUCCAGAAAUAUUCUAUGUCGACGUUGUAUAUAUCGUUUAAAAAAAAAAAAGUUUGAUACCUACUGUUACACCAUUAGCAUCUUGUAUUCAAUUUUUACUUUUUAAAUUUGGGGUUAUGAAAUAUAUCAAAGAAGUACAGAAAAUGAGGAGCCCUGGUGGCACUGUAGUUAAGAGCUCUGGCUGCUAACCAAAAGGUCAGCAGUUCAAAUCCACCAGCCAGCUCCUUGGAUACCCUAUGGGGCAGUUAUGCUGUGUCCUAUAGGGUUCUGUGAGUCAGAAUCGACUUAACAGCGGCGGGUUUUUAAGAAAAUGACACCCCCUCCCCGGUAGCCCACUACAGAGGUUUAACAAAUGUUAGCAUGUUGUGGUGGCGCCUUGUUUAGGGCUCUCUUGGAGGUAGCCCCAUGUCAUGCCGCUCCAGCUGCCUCUUUGUGGUGGCUGCAGAGAUGUCCGGUUAUUAUAUGAAUGCAUCGUUCUUUACCGGUCUGUCCCCAGCUCUUGGAUUUUUAGGAUGUUACUAAUUUUUUGCGUAUAUAAUCAAUGUAGAGGUAAUACACCACCUUGUAUAAUAUCUGCUCGGGGAAGCAUGGAGGCACAGGGAAACUAGCCUUGGCUUCAAAUCUCUCCUCGGCCACACUUUGACCUGGGACGAAGGACGUCCGUCUUGGUGUUCACGUUCCCCAUCUGUAAAAUGGGCUCCCUCUCAGCUGCUAGGAAGAGUACAGUAGGAAACUAAGGCUGUAUAAAGGCUUCACGGGGCUUAGUUCCUCAAUCCCCCGGGCAGGGAACUCUCUCAGGGGAAGGCAGCCUUAAGGAACUGGAGCGCCCCGCGACCGCAGCUUAACCUCCAGCUACAGACUUGUUCCCCGCCCCUCUCCUCGGCCACGCUGGGGGCGGGGCGGUUAAAUGUCCUUGUGUCGUCAGCGCGCGCAGGACCAAUCCCCCUGCCCGGCAAACGUUAGCUCGUUUGCAUUCGUCGCCCGCCAUUGGUCCGUUGGGUAAUCCAGGCCGUCCCAGCUUUUUAAAGCCGCCGCGAAGUAUAAACAAGGAGAUGUGGGGCGGCUGGGCCAUGAUGUCAUCGCGGCGCAGGAGCUCUUGGGGUUGACGUCAUCUCCGGGAAGGUGGCCGGCCCGGGGCUGUUAGGUACAUCCUAACAACUCGGCCGGCUUAAGAAGCCGCCCUGCCCCGUCGGUGGUCCCUUUGCACUUCAGUGUCCCAGGUGGCGCUCCGUCCCCGAGGAGAAGACCAUGACACAGGGUGUGAGCCCCAGCCCAGUCCCUCCACCGCCUGCCACCCCUGAUGCGACCAUGGGCAGUGACAGUGACUAGGUGGCCCUCCUCUGCACCUGUGGGUCAGUGGCGAUUCUCAGCAGGGCCCAGCAGCACUCCAGGCCAGCUCUGGCACAGCAGCCACCACCCAGACCGCCUCACCUCCCUGUAGAGGAGCGCCGAGCCUCGGCUCCUGCCGGCGGGAGCCCCCGAAUGCUGCACCCGGCCACCCAGCAGAGCCCGUUCAUGGUUGAUCUCCACGACCAGGUGCACCAGGGACCCGUCCCUCUGUCCUACACAGUCACCACUGUGACAACCCAAGGCUUCCCCUUGCCUGCGGGGCAGCACAUCCCUGGCUGCAGUGCUCAGCAGCUCCCAGCAUGCUCCGUGAUGUUCAGUGGACAGCACUACCCCCUCUGCUGCCUCCCACCCCCACUGAUCCAGGCAUGUACCAUGCAGCAGCUCCCGGUGCCCUACCAGGCCUACCCGCACCUCAUCUCCAGCGACCACUAUAUCCUGCACCCCCCGCCACCGGCCCCACCCCCCCAGCCCACCCACAUGGCACCCCUUGGGCAGUUCGUGUCACUGCAGACCCAGCACCCGAGAAUGCCCUUGCAACGGCUUGACAGCGACGUAGACCUGCGGGGGGACCAGCACCCCCUGGGGAGCUUCACCUACUCCACCUCGGCCCCUGGCCCCACUCUCUCCCCAUCUGUGCCCCUGCACUACCUGCCCCACGAGCCGCUGCCCCAGGAGCUGCCCUUUGGCAUGCCAUAUUCCCACGUGAUGCCGCGGAGACUGAACACCCAGAGAUACCGUCUGCAACAGCCGCUGCCACCGCCACCCCCACCACCACCCCCACCACCUUAUUAUCCCAGUUUCUUGCCCUACUUCCUCUCGAUGCUGCCAAUGUCACCCACUGCAAUGGGACCCACCAUCAGCCUGGAUCUUGAUGUGGAUGAUGUGGAGAUGGAGAACUAUGAGGCCCUUCUGAACCUGGCGGAGCGGCUGGGCGAUGCCAAGCCCCGCGGCCUCACCAAAGCCGACAUUGAGCAGCUCCCGUCCUACCGUUUCAACCCCGACAGCCAUCAGUCAGAGCAGACGCUGUGUGUCAUCUGCUUCAGCGACUUCGAGGCACGGCAGCUGCUCCGGGUUCUCCCCUGCAACCAUGAGUUCCACACCAAGUGCGUCGACAAGUGGUUGAAGGCCAACCGGACGUGCCCCAUUUGCCGGGCCGAUGCCUCCGAGGUGCCUAGGGAGGCUGAGUGAGGCCCCACAGCAGUCCAGGAGAGCCCUGCCCGAAGCUCUGGAAACUCUGGGGGCAGGACCCCAGGAG